CAUUUUGGCAGCACUGAAAUGCCGUUCAAAUUUAAACUCGAGAGAGUAACGGGAUAUUAGCAACGCUUGUUUUCAGCAACAGACGUCGAAUGAGCUAUAGAGUUUGAUUCUGAACUGCUGUGGAGUGUGAAACGUUUAUGUGAAUGCCGAAGUAUUUUAUUGGGAAAGUGUUGAAGGGUAGAUGUGUUUUUUUGUCAACAAGAACGAUUGUGAUUGAUUUUCGGAAUGGAUUGUGAAAGCGACGUGAGGUCCCUGUGUGUAACCACUCUGAAAGAGCUUUGCGACAGUAAGAUACAAGAACUUUUUGAAAUAUGGGGAGUUGUUGGCCAUCAAAAUCUCGAAUCAAGGUCCAAUGUGGUCUGUAAAAAUGUGGAGGCCCUUUUAAACGACAUGGUUGAAGAAGAAACAGAGUUCCGGAAUAAUCUGGCUAUUGAAAUAGAAGAACUGCUGAAAGAAUCUGCAGAAUUAUGUGCUGAAGUGGGUGGUAACCAUAAUGAUGUAGUAGCUGGUUUAGAGGACAGUAGUAUUCCCCUUUUGCAAGUGAAGAAUUUAUUGAAUAUGCGAAUGGAAGGCUACAGAAACUGUAAGCAACAGAGGCUUAGUGAAUAUGAAGAUCUACUCCAAAAAGAGCAACAACUUGUCCUCUCUAUGGGAAUAAAAAAGAAACCAAAAUUGACCAAACUUCCAUCUGAAGAAGCAUUACAAGAAUUCUCUAGAUACAUAGAACAGAAAUUUGAUGAGGAAAGGGAACUCAGGCAUCAAUAUGAAGAAACAAAGCUGAAGAUUGAGGAAAUUACAGCAGAAUUGGGAAUUUCCCCCAACACAACAAUCCAUAAAAUGUUGGUAUCAGAUUCCCAGUUUUGUUUAUCAACUGAAAAUAUGCUGCUUUUGAAGAAUUUGCACCAAGACAUGGAACAGCGGUUGGAAGAAGCUAAAUCUGUGGCAAUUGAACUUAGAGAAAAGCUUUCAAAUUUAUGGGAACGUUUACAUGUUGAUUAUGCAGAACGUGACCUAAUUUUCCAGCAAUAUCCAGGCCAUUCAAAGACUUCCAUUGAUGCUUUAAAGGCUGAAAUUCAGAAAUGUGAAGAAAAGAAAAGACAAAAUAUCCGUGUAUUUGUAGAAGCAAUUCGUGAAGAACUUGCUUCAUGGUGGGACAAAUGCUGUUAUGGAAAACUCCAGAGACAACAGUUUCGUUCCUUUUAUUCAGACUGUUAUACUGAAGAUCUUCUUGAACUACAUGAAAUUGAAAUUGAGAAGUUAAAAAGAUACUUCAAAGAUUUAUCCAAAUUUGUUCACAGUGACAUCUUGGAAUUGGCCAAGAAACGAGAAAAAUUGUGGAAAAAAAUGAUGGAUCUUGACGAGAGGGCUCACGAUCCAAAGCGUUUAUUUGCAAAUAGAGGUGGUCAACUUCUUAGGGAGGAAAAAGAAAGGAAAGCCAUUCAAAAGGACCUCCCCAUACUGGAUAAAGAACUUGGUUGUCUACUGGACACUUAUGAAAGUAAGCACAAUGUGCCGUUUCUGUAUGAUGGAACUGAUUUGAGAGAUAUAAUAAAGUCAAAAUGGGAAGACUUUCAAAAGAAAAAAGAGGAAGAAAAACUGGCUCGGAAGAAAGGCAAAGACCACACCCUUGCAGAAAAGACAUUAUCUGCAACUAAAAGGAAAAAUGUUGCAACACCAGCAUCUGUUCCUAGCAAAGUGUGCAAAUCUAGUGGUCCUCCUUCAGGAGCUAGUAGCACUGCUAGCUCCACUGGAAGUAAGGUAGUAAGGAGGAUCUUCGACAGGCGGGGAAAUGUGGAAAAUCGUGUAACAACUCGAACAAAAUAUGGGUUUCGGAAUCGUGGAGUUCAGUCGCCUGAAGCAUCUUACACAGAUUUUCAGUAUGGACUGGAGAAACGUAGUGCUGAUCAAGAAAUGGUUCGCAGUUCUGUGGUGCCAUCACGUCUUCUGAAAGAAAGAAAUGGUCAGAAUGAACUUGCAUGCAUUAAAGAGAGAGUUGCCACCCCAGCUAAACCUCCUCGGAAAAAUUCUGUUACUCGCUCCUGCACAAACUUAUCAGAGUUUCGUACUCCUCAAGCAGUUCGGAAAGCAAGCCCGGGUUUGUCAAGGUCUCGUUCAGCUCCUCGACUUGCCACGGCUAGAGGUCAUUUACCAAUUAUAAUUUGAUUCUGACAUAUUAUUUUACAAUGUUUAAUAUUAAUUUGCUAAUAUUUGUUACUCUAAAUUAUUGUUUAUUUUUUUAAGUAAUUGUGGAGAAGUAAAUUGAUUUAUUUAUUUACUUCUUCCCAAUUUAAAAUUUAUUAGUCGAUGCACUUUCUAUCAUUUUGUUUCCUUUUGGAAAAUGAGCUUUGAUUGUAUUUAUAUUUUACAUAAUGCUACACAUGUCGAGAUUUGUUCUAAUGUUACAUAAUCCAGUGUGUGAAUUGAAAACCAAAGUUUCUUUCUCUCCUUCUCAAGCUUAUAUUAUUUCUGUAGUGUAAAGUUCUGGUGAAUCUUAAUAGAAAAAUAUUUAACUAAAUUUACUAGUUUGCUUUAAAUAACUGUUAAAGUGUGUGUAGGUGCUAACAGCUCAGAAUUACAAAACAGUAUUUCUCACAAAUUUAUAAUUAACAAGAAACAUUUGUAAGUUUUAUGUAACAAGCUGUAUAAAAUGUAUAUAAUAAACUACUUUUUAUAUAUUAUUAUUUUGAUUUUUUUCACUU